AUGUGUGUCACGUGCAAAACGUUAAUGUUUUUCUUUUUGCUCAUACCGCACCUGGAAGCUAGUGAUUGGCCCACGGAAGAAGCGAGCAAUUCUAUCUUAACUUCCGGGUACAAAGAGUACGAGUACGAACUAACACAAGCGCACAAUUUAUACCGGCAAGAUGUUCUUCAAAAAGCGUGUCAUUACAAUGUUACGGAUGAUAUUAUGGAACGGUUGGAAAAACUGAGACAAAUUCCCACGGACCAUCUGCUAAUCGAUCGUGAACAUAAGUUUCUGUAUUGCUACGUUCCAAAGGUAGCUUGCACCAACUGGAAACGUGUAAUGAUGAUAUUGAUAAACAAAUGGAACGGCACGGAUCCAUUACAAAUUCCAGCUGAUCUGGCACAUUCGUCCGGCAUGUUUGAGACGUUCCAAUCGUUGAGCGACGAGGAAAAAAUUGCUGUGCUGUCAGAUUACCAUCGAUUUGUCUUGGUUCGUCACCCGUUCGAAAGACUGUUGUCAGCCUUUCGCAACAAGCUGGAGGGAAACUCUAAAAGUGCCAAAUACUUCCAGGCACGCAUUGGAAGAACAAUUGUCAAAUCGUUUCGGUUACAUGCUACGAACGAAUCGCUCACCUUUGCCGACGAUGUCACGUUUAACGAAUUCGUACAGUACUUGUUAACACCGGAACUGAGCAAAAGUGGCAACAUGUCCUUUAAUGAACACUGGGAACCCAUUUCGCACCUUUGCCAUCCAUGUUUGGUUCACUACAAUGUCAUAGGCAAAUAUGAAACGUUGACGGACGAUUCCUCUCUAGCACUGCAUCUUGCCGGUGCAGGUGGUUUAAGCUUUCCGAUGGUGUACAAAUCUUCUAGCACACGAGAACGACUAAUGCAUUAUUUUGACGACAUUCCUUCGGAGACCUUAAGGCGGUUAUAUUUACUCUAUGAGGAUGAUUUUAAAAAUUUUGACUAUAGUCUAGAAGAAAUAUUCGGAUACGAACUCGUUUGA